CGCCUUUUUUGACCUUUCACGUCGACCAUUUCCUUUCAAUUUGGCAGCAUUUGUUGGAAGCCCUGAUUUCUAGCGGAAAAUAAAUGUCCCCUAGAUUAUUUGACAACAUUUAAAAGUGAAUUAUGACUUCGAACACGAAUGUUUGUCUGAUCUGCAAUGCCAGUUGUUUGUCAAGCAGAAAUACUAUCAAAAUCUUCGAUAAAGAUUCUGCUGUAAUUAGUGAAAUAAGCAUCCCAGUAACUAUAGGACGUAUCCUGAAAAGAGAUGUAAGGAAAGACAAUGUUCAUUCUGAGAUAUUAUGCAAGAAGUGCUUCAAAUUAGUCGAUGAGUAUGAAGAAAUACAAAAUCGGAUGGGUGAAAUAUCGAAAGAAAUUUCAGAUAACUACAAAGCCAAUAUCGAGUCUAGACAAAUAGAGACAGACCAUAUGCAAGAAAGCAGCAAUAGGGAAAACAAUGAAUUACCAAAGAAAAUUCUAGAUAUCCCUUCAAGUGAUGAUGAAUCUUCCCAGGUAAUAGAAAAGCCCCUAGAAUCUCUAGAAGAUAUUAACAUGGUUUUGGUUAAAAUGCAUGAUACUCCGAUGGAGGAUGAUGACGAUAUAGAAAAUGGAAGUCAAAACUACCAACCAAUCCACGUUAAUUCAGAUGGUGAAGAACAGGAACCUUCAUCAGAAACAGGAGAAAAAAUUACAUUCAUUAAAGUAGAACCCAAUGUUAGCGAUACUAGCUCAAACGAUCAAACUCAGGUGUCUCACACUCCUGAUACAAGCAAACCUAACAUUUUAAAGCGACGUGCUUCGUCCAAUGGCAUUACUUAUGGUGGUGACAGCAUAGGAAUGCAGUCUGUUAAACUUAAACCAACUGAAGAAUUAGAGGCUCCAAUUGUAAGCAGGGAUGGCAAAGCAUACACAUGUCUUUUGUGUGUUGGUGAUGAGGUAACCGGUGAAGACAAAGAAAUAAUAGCGCACAUGAAGGAAGCCCACGAGUGUCGUUUGUACAUUUGCGACGUGUGUGGCAUGGACUUUAGAAAAAGAAAUUUGCUGUCUGCGCAUGUCGACGAACACGUGGCCAACGAAGAGGGCGACUUCCAGUGCGAAGUUUGCAACAGGAUAUUUACCAAUCUCCGUCUCUUUAGAAUUCACAGAAGAAUGCAUUUGCCCCCAGCCAAGGCUUGGAGUUGUAGUACGUGCGCAAAAAGAUUCAGCAGCAAGAAUUUGUUGGACGAACAUGUUAACAUGCACCUGGGCGUGAGGCCUUACGUUUGCAACGUUUGCGGCAAAGACUUUGCUAGCAAAUACACUUUUAAGGCCCACGAAAGAACGCACGAAAAUAGACCAAGACCUUACAGGUGCGAACAAUGCGGUAAGUCGUUCCUGAGUCAGCAGAACUUGACUCAGCACGAGAAAACUCAUUUGGGUAUAAAAGAGUUCGAGUGUCACCUGUGCAACAAGCAGUUUGGAUCAGCCAAUAACUUAGAGGUACAUUCGAUCGUGCACACUGGCUACAGGCCGUUCAUAUGCGGCCUUUGCGGCAAAACGUUUGCCAGAAAGGCUGAAAUUAAGGAUCACGAGAGAACUCAUACCGGGGAACGACCGUAUCAGUGCGAAUUCUGUGGAGCUACAUUUAGUCAAAGGUCCAACCUUCAGUCUCAUAAAAGAGCCACUCAUUAUGAUGAUAAAAGAUAUAGAUGCGAGGAUUGUGGUAAGUGCUUCAAACGCAGACGACUGCUGGACUAUCACAUUAAGGCUGCCCAUACUGGAGAGCGUCCAUUCAAAUGCGAAGUAUGUCAAGCUACUUUCGUCUAUCCAGAACACUUCAAGAAACAUCGGCGCAUUCAUACUGGCGAGAAGCCCUUCUCUUGCGAGAUUUGUGGGAAGGCUUUCAAUUCGAGAGACAAUCGUAACGCUCAUCGCUAUGUCCAUUCGGAUAAGAAGCCAUAUGAGUGUCUUGUAUGCGGAGCCGGGUUUAUGCGAAAACCUCUUUUGUACCAGCACAUGCAGUUGCAAGGUCAUCUGAACGAUACCAUUGUGGUGAACCAACCCAGACUAACAUUAGACGAUAAACUAGUAAUGGACUCGGAAAGCCACCUGGUCCGGGUCGAAGAAGAAUCCAGCGCCAACGAAUCGAAGCUUUUUAUAGCCGCGGAAGACGGCAACGAGCACAUUAUCAUCGACGGCCAGCACAUCACCUUCGCCGAAACCACCUCCGACAACGAGGACGAUAACGGCGAAGUCAUAGACGAGAUCGAGCAAGUGGUCGGGACCGAAGAGGCCGAAUACGAGGAGAUCCUCACUUCGGAGGCUCUGACAAGCAGCGAGACGCAGAUAAUCGAUACUCCCGACGGGCCGAUUCAGCUGGUUAAGGUGAAGAUCCCGAACGAGCACGGCGAGGAGGAAGAAGCCUGGAUCAAGAUAGUGCCAGAGUGAAUUUGGAAGCGUGGAUGUGUCAUUUCUUAAUGCUCUAUUUUAUGUAAAUAUAUCUAUGAUAGCUCUAAUAUAGGUUUUUGUUAUAAAUA